AAAAGUGCGGAAGUUAGAUACUGUGUUUGUGGUCUAACUGCGAUAUUAUGGCUUUGUCUCAUCAACCCAAUCUAUCACAGGAGCAAGUUCGCAGCCUUCUAAAAGAUGUUAUAGCUGCAUUUGAUUCCCCAGAAAACAUGAUUAGAAUGGAUGAAGCACAUGACAACGCUGGUAAUGAUAUGAUGAAAAUGAUGCAGAUUGUGUUUCCCGUAGCAACGCAAAUACAACAAGAGGUCAUACAGAAAUAUGGUUUUACUCCUGAUGGCGAUGGAGCUAUCAAGUUCGCACAGUCGAUUCGUCAGUAUGAGAAUUUAGACUCUGAAAUAUCCCAGAUGGGCGCAAAGUUGAAAUCAAUGUUUUUACCUCCAAUGCCACAGAUGACAAGUUUUUCAGCGGUAGAUGCAUCAUCAACAACUUCACUUUCACAACAACCAUUAGUCGCAAUACCGCCAUUAUCAGAAAGAGCUCGCAGUGCUGAUGUCUGACCUAUAAGAUGAUAUCAUGUGGGCAGUGCGCCCUCUAACAGGACUUACUUUGUAGGGAUACUGAGUCAAACUGGUGUCUUUUAAAAUCAUGAUAAGCUGCGGAGGUCAGUCUUCGAGUAAAAACAAAAAUGGUAUGUGACAGUAUAGUUGAAACACCAGCAAAAAUGUUGUUCCGUUCAUUUUCGCUUUCAUUUUGUCUAUAAACGUGAAUUUCAUUUUACCAAAUUACAAACUCUAUAGUGAGAUUAUCAAGAUUGUGUUGUGUCAGUGACAGGCCAGUGAAUUAGUCCAGUGGCUCAUCUUAGACUUAGAGGGCACACUACAUUGUUAUGUGCUUUGAGUUCUUCAUGUUAAAAUACUAUAAUAAUAGUAUAAUAAUAAUAUAAU